AUGUGUGGGUGGGACUCGGGCCUCUUUCUCCUGGACCUGCUCAGAGGACCUCAUGUGUGGGUGAGACUCGGACCUCUUUCUCCUGGACCUGCUCAGAGGACCUCAUGUGUGGGUGAGACUCGGACCUCUUUCUCCUGGACCUGCUCAGGGUGGGACCUCAUGUGUGGGGGGGGACCUCAUGUGUGGGUGAGACUCGGACCUCUUUCUCCUGGACCUGCUCAGGGGGGGACCUCAUGUGUGGGUGACAACUCGGACUCUCUUUCUCCUGGACCUGCUCAGGGGGGGACCUCAUGUGUGGGUGAGACUCGGACCUCUUUCUCCUGGACCUGCUCAGGGGGGGACCUCAUGUGUGGGGGGGGACCUUAUGUGUGGGUGAGACUCGGACCUCUUGCUCCUGGACCUGCUCAGGGGGGGACCUCAUGUGUGGGUGAGACUCGGACCUCUUUCUCCUGGACCUGCUCAGGGGGGGACCUCAUGUGUGGAGGACCUCAUGUGUGGGUGAGACACGGACCUCUUUCUCCUGGACCUGCUCAGAGGACCUCAUGUGUGGGUGAGACUCGGACCUCUUUCUCCUGGACCUGCUCAGGGUGGGACCUCAUGUGUGGGGGGGGACCUCAUGUGUGGGUGAGACUCGGACCUGUUUCUCCUGGACCUGCUCAGGGGGGACCUCAUGUGUGGGUGAGACUCGGACCUCUUUCUCCUGGACCUGCUCAGGGGGGGACCUCAUGUGUGGGUGAGACUCGGACCUCUUUCUCCUGGACCUGCUCAGGGGGGGACCUCAUGUGUGGGUUAGACAUGGACCUCUUUCUCCUGGACCUGCUCAGGGGGGGACCUCAUGUGUGGGUGAGACUCGGACCUCUUUUUCCUGGACCUGCUCAGGGGGGGACCUCAUGUGUGGGGGCUGUGGCGCUCUCGGCUCGUUCCGCUCUCUUAAUUGUUGUUGGAUUAAGCUCUGAGCCGUGA